GCCGCGUUUAGUUGUCUGCGCAGUAUUGUGAAAGUGAGGAGAGAGCUUUUUCCAGCUGAGCGAUCUCACCAGCGAUUCACUGCUAGUGCCUUUCUCGUGCUUCUCUUUUCUUCUCACACACACAGUUUUCUGUUUUUCGCCGUGACGUACGCCGCUUUCGUACGUGCGCUGCUGAUUUUGCACGCAUCAAUCGUGGUAUUUGGUGCUACGUUACACGAUACGAUUGAUGACAACAUUCUUCUUUAGACCUUAGAACGCUCCCCCUACACGUACGCCGCACCAACCACAUCUCCGUCUGCUCUUUCCCGCUUUUUAACAUCUUUGUUUUCCUAGUAUGUCUUUCUCUCUCUCUUUCAAGCUGCUCUGAUUUCACCUCCACUGCGGAAUAAAUAAUGAAAUCCGCUCAGACUCUGGCGAACUUCCUGCAGCGAAGCAGCGCAGGCAAGGCAGAGCGAAGCUGCGUCGUCCUCACCGGUGCUGGCUGCAGCACGGAGAGUGGCAUCCCAGACUACCGUGGCCCUCACGGCCGCUACCACCGCGCUGACUUCGUACCUCUGACGUUUCAGAAUUUUAAGCGUGACGAUAACGAAAAGCGUCGUUAUUGGGCUCGCAGCAUGCUUGGAUACUCCACCAUGUCUGCGGCGUCCUGCAACGCGACACAUAUGGCGCUCCAAGCGUUUGUCAACGCGGGUGCAGUGGCUCACAUUCUCACGCAAAACGUCGACGGCCUUCACCACCUUGCGACGUAUGGUGGUGUGGGCGAUGCGGAUGAGGCACAUGCGUACAGGUACACCACCAGCAACGCCCCGCUGACGGAAAUACACGGGAACAUCCACACCGUCAUUUGCAUGUCCUGCGGCUUUAUUAUGCCGCGCGCACAGCUGCAGCGGCAGCUACGUGAGGCGAACCCAAGCCUGUACGAGAUGUACGGCGCCGACAAGUCGCGUGUACGGCCGGACGGAGACUACAGCGCCCCUACGCAGGCGGUGAACGCGAUGCGGUUGGUAAUGUGCCCGCACUGCGGUGGCUUCUUCAAGCCGCACGUCGUCCUGUUUGGCGAGAACGUCCCGAAGCCGACGGUCGAGGUGACGAUGCAGGUGAUGCAGACGAAGGCGUCGUGCUUGCUGUGUCUCGGGACGUCCCUGCAGGUCUACAGUGCCUACCGCUACGUGGUGGAGGCAAAGCGCCUUAAUGUUCCCGUGGCAGUCGUGAACGCCGGGAAGACGCGGGCAGACCCGGUAGCGGACCUCAAACUGGACGUGGAAAGCGUUGGCUCCGUGAUGGCAAACGCGGCUCACGAAAUGCUCGGACUCCCCGCCUCCGUCUUCUAUCGUCGUAGAACGGUGCACAUUUAG